AUGACAACAAUCCCACCAGCCGAUGCGGGCUUGACUCAUCCUGAAACAGAUGCUAGCGAAAUUGAAUCAGACAAAGGUAUAAUGAAUCGAGAAGAAAUGACUAUGUCAUCUUCUCAAUGUGGCUCAGUUUCGCCGAUGAACACUCCCGUGUCAGAUCGGCCGGCUGUAAUCAAUGAUUUUGAAGCUGCAAACCCAAAGGACGAGAUCAUUGCGCAGAAACAUUCCACCCAGUCUGAUGAGAAGCUCCAGCAGUCUUCGACCGUUUUAUCCAUGGAGUCUAACGAAAUCGAUAUCACAAGAGACCAAAAUGCCGCAAGCACUUGUGACACGCUUAGUCGGGUCAGACAGGGUCUUCGAGAAGGUAGAUUUGAGAUACCUCCUUUCAAGAGCCAUGACUACGAUGAUACUACACACCCUGCAGGAACUUGCCGAUUUCCUUCGAUUCCGCAACAACUUUAUCUGUCACCGCUCCGUCGCCGCUUUGAUUUGUCACAUCUGCUGCCCGACAGAAGCCUACCUUUCAAUUGCCAGAUCAUGGAGCAUGUGAAAUCAUGGGCAGAGCUAGGGACCAGAAUCGAAGAUGACGCACGACGAAAAGAGGUUCUUGAUCAUGUUUUUGAUGUUUUGCAAAAAGCAUGGUUCGAAGCACUGCGCCUUGGCUACGACUCAGGAAUAUCAGCCCCAGAUAGCGGCAAACGUCGUCAGCGUCCGCCUAUGGCUCCUACUUCUGGCAAGAGACAGUUGAAUCUUGGCCAGCUUCCGCCCUUAGCUAGACCUCGCCAGAGGAAAGUAGAACCUUCAAAAUUACCGAUCUUCGUGUCGGAAAGCUACAAGAACUCCCAGUUUUGGGGCGUUACUGCGGGCGAGCUGAAGCAAGCUGGCAUCUCCGAGAAUCGUGUCCGUAAGAGAGCUGCAACCGACUUGAGUGCUGGUGACGAAUUGUUACAAGAGGUUCUUGAUGAUUUGGAAACAGAAGAUAUUUCUGAGACGGACUGGCGGCGCACGGAGGAAGUCACGCCGUUAAAUCCUCUGGGUCGAGAUCUCCUUCACUAUUCUCUCUUUGAGGUGCAGAUGUCACGACGUAGCCUCAACAACCUCGAAGGGCUCUAUGUCCGAUUCACAACGAAACAACAAAAGUUGAAUACCCAGAAACGCAUUGAUGAAGAAACGAAACGCCACAAUCUAUUUCUUGCCCUUGCUCUUGAGGUCAACGAUCGAGCUGAGACUACAUCCUCCAUGUCACCAGAAAGUGUUGACCAAGAAGGAUACAAUCUCGGUAGGCAGUUUCCGGACACUGGCAAAAAAAAUUCUGCCGUUGGCAUACCCUUGAUCGAUUUCAUGGAGAAGGUUAUCGCUGUGACUAAUAUAGGAGAGCUCAGACGGUUAGCCAGCUCAGGAUCGUUUAUCGUCCCUGAAUUCGUUUCCGACACAGAUAUUCUCUUUACAGACUCCCAAAGCGAUGAGGAGAUCGCCAGGACUGCCUUGAGAGACCUCCUGCAGGAUAUCCAUUCAAUCAAUUCUCUAUCUACUGCUGCCGAACAAGCAGCUGGCGACCCGGAGAGACACCUGCGCCUAGAGACUGAAACUGCACAGUUGGAGAAGAGGAUUACUGAAAAGAGAAGCCUCUUAGCAGACCUAUUCUCUAGCCUGAAACACCAGUCUCUGAAAACUGAUAACGACAACGAUGCAUCUAAAGAUGUUGAAAUGGGAGGAUUUCAUGAUGAUGCACAAGUUCUUAUAUUGGGCGAGUGUGCUACCACAAGCGAGAAUUUCUCCAAAGAUUCCCAUGAGACAAAGUCUUCAGACAGUAUUUCCACAAAUACCAAUGAUCAGGAAGAGGUUGAUGCUGACCGGGUUGAAUGCCCCCAGACGCCCCUCGCGAAACAUGAUCAUGAUGCCACGAUGGAGCCUUGUCCACCCUGUCUUCCUCCUGCGGGGAGUAAGGAUGAGGAUAUUCAUGUCGCUUCACCAUCCUCUUCGCAAGGAGAACAAGCCUCGGAAACCCGCAACCAGUUUGAUGGGAAACAACUAAACAACAUUAUCUCCAAAGCUCUCGAAGAACAGGCCGGGAACCAGUCUUUGGUGGUGAAGCUGCGAUACCCCAAAGGCUUCGAUCCCGACAAGCUCACAAGCGAAAAGGUCUUUAAUCACAAGGGGUUCCGCUACCGUUACACUCGCGCCUCAAGCCUCGCUGAGCGUCGGGAAAUGGACGAAUAUCUAGGUUCAUAUGUGCGACAAACCUGCGAAUGUCCAGUCCCAAAUUUUCGUUUUGGAAGGUACGAAGCGCUCUGUCAUCCCGCUGACCCCAGCCGAAAGACAAUCAUCCAUGGAAUCUGGGACAACAGCGAUGGCAGCAAAGCAGAAGAAGCCGAAUGGUUCUACGGCGGCGGUGCUGACUGUCAACCACCAGCAGUCCAGCACGAUCACAAUCUCUGGAUGAAGACUUGGAGGCAGAGUACUACCGGCGAAGGGGAGGGAGAGUCAGAUGCCCAAGCCCAACAAGGACCUGAACCGGAUCAACCACAGCUCGUGAACAAGAAUCUGAAAAAUGUCCUGAAGAUCAAGAUCAAGACGAAGCCUAAUGCGAACAUUGGCAAAAGACGCAAAAUGCGACCCGGCAGUCAAUCACGAGCCAGGCCGUUACCAGCGUCACCGUUGUCACAAUCCGUGACAACAUCGUCCACCAAAGCCCGGAAACGUGCCAGAUCAGCGUCUGCAGGCAGACCGAGAUCGAAACGACAUGCUGGCAAGCAAGUCAAGUAUACCGAAGUUGAUGGCGGCGUCGACGACGAUGAUGAAUUUGUGCCAUCAGAUUAAGUCAGAGGUUUAUUUAGAGAGUAUUUCAACAUCACCACCCACCUUGAAGUCGUUGAUGGAUACCAGAAAAGCAUUUGAGCCGUCUGAACUACAGCUACAGAGAGUAGCACUGGCGGACUUAUUAAAUAAGCCCGCACAGAGUUCCG